GCCCAGAGCUGACAACAACCUCUGCAACCGAUCUCCACAGGGAACAACCAUGCCUGCCAUCCCUUGUCCGUGCACCCCUGAGUUUAACCAUUUUUCUCUCUCUCUGUCUCCAGACUCUGUCAGGCUGGUGAAUGGGACCAGUCUGUGUUCAGGCAGACUGGAGGUGAAGUCUAACCAGUCUAACCAGUCUAACCAGAGGUGGUCCUCAGUGUGUGAAGCUGACUUUGACCAGCAGGAUGCAGAGGUGGUCUGCAGGGAGCUUGGCUGUGGGGCUCCUUCAGUCCUCCAGGGGGCGCUCUAUGGAGAAGUGGAGGCUCCAAUGUGGACCAAAGAGUUCCAGUGUGGAGGCCAUGAGUCUGCUCUCCUGGACUGUAGAAGCUCAGGCUCAUAUAGAAACACCUGCUCACCUGGCAAAGCUGUUGGACUCACCUGCUCAGAGCCUGUCAGGUUGGUGGGAGGAUCCAGUCGCUGUGCAGGAUCACUGGAGGUGAAACAGGGAGAGUGGAGACCAGUAUACGCCUGGAACUCUCAGUGGACCCUGAAGGAAGCAGCUCUAACAUGUAAAGAGUUGGACUGUGGCUCUGUUGUUUUUGUAGGACGGAGAGUCAAGUUCUCAGAUGGACUUGUAUGGACGAUGACAUCUGGCUGUGUUCACUCUGCACCUGCUCUGAAAGACUGUGUAAGGCUGUACCCCUCUCUCUACACACUGAUGACCCAGAUCACCUGUUCAGGCCACCAGGAGGCAGACAUCUAAACGACAGAGGGACACUAAUCUUGCUGGUUCAGAGAGGAAGAAGACCUGAGAACACGGAUGCUCAACUGAUUAGAUCUGAUCCAGGAUUUUUAGGACUUGGAGACGAAGGCUGAAUCCAAAUGUUCACACUUCACUGCACUUGCAGACUCAUGGACUUUGCGGGCGUGUUCAUGGGAAGUCCAGGAGUGUGUAGGGCUCCAAGUCCACCAUUCAUUCAGUCCACAAGGGGCCUCAAGCUGACUUUCUGCGGACUUCAGAGAGCCUGCUUGGGGUACAGACUUCAUGAGUUUAAUUACCCACAAUUCAUUGCAAUAUGGACGUGACGUUUAAAUUUUUCUAAAUUGCUGACAGACACACACACACACACACACACACACUCGCACACACAAAACCACAUAAACUUAUUAUAAAUUGUAACAUUAAAACGUUACUUGAAUAACGUUGGCCAGAUAUAAAAUUCAACGACAUCAUGAUACAGAUAUAUGUAGCAGUAUAGGCUAUAGAGGUAAUCAAUAUGCAUUUCAAUAUUGCAGCCUAACCUUUAGAAGCUGUGCAAUCUGAUCACGUAGGCGAUUGCUGCAGUGAUCACCAUAUGCAGUCUCUCAAAUGACUCCAAGCCUGUCUCUUAGCUCCUUUUAUAACGCUGCACACUCCUGCUCUCGCAGACUUCACGUGAUGACGGUGAAGACGUCACAUUAUGCACGCCUGAAGUCUGCGAGGGCUCAGUGUGCAGGUCCAGAGGGUGGAGAUUUGGAUUGAACCACAGAGAAAGGACACCAACACUGAGGCUGAAGAAGAACAUCAUCAUCAGUUGUCACAGACUCUCCUUGCCAGAUUGUUCUUCGCCUCUGUGCAAGACUUUCAGUCGUUUGUUGCCAGACUGCUUCCUCGGUGUCGACCCUGCCCGUCCCUCACUCUCCGGCUUCGUCUGCUCCCCAGUAAACCACUCUGCCUUCUGUUUUCAACCACUAUGCUUCUGCCCUCCUGGUGCCUGUUAGCCUGUUAGCCUGUUUCCUGUGACGUCACCCAACUUUUCAAAAUGAGUUUACCGGUCCAGUCACCUAAGAUCUUCUGAGCUGUGGUUUGCUUCAUUCGUCAACUCACCUGUGUGCUGCUACAGUGUUCCACGUGGAGAGCUGCAGCCUGGUUCUGUUCCCCUGGGGAAUCUGACACUCAACACUGACUCUCUGUUGCCUCACCCGUCUGCUCUCACUGUACUUAUUGAAGUGGUGCAUUAAAGCUCAAACUGUUC